CCCUGAAAGGACAUGUGCCCAGGAUUCGAGCAGAAAUGGUUAUAGGCAGCUGACUAUCGAUCAGCGAAAAGAGUGAAAAGUUUAUUUAGUUUUUUCCCUUUUCUGUAAUAGCAUCUGCUCCAAAUCUGCUCACAUCCGACAAAAUUGUGCUGAAAGCUGUGGCUACACGGACAUCAAUGGGAGUGUCGUUCGUCCACUGCCAAUUGAAGCGUAUAUAGCAAUUCUUUUUACUUCUAACUUAUCCAAGACUCACAAAGAUGUCCUGUCCGACAGCCUCAUCCGGCCCAACUGUCCUCCUGAAUUCAGGAGCGCAGAUGCCGAUUCUGGGAUUGGGCACCUAUGAACUUCGUAGUCAAGAUGAAGUCCUGACAGCUGUCGAUGCUGCUUUGGCAUGUGGUUACAGAUCCUUUGAUAGUGCCGCUAUCUACCAGAACGAGUCGGAACUGGGAAAAGCUUUGAGGGAGUUGAUGCCGAAAUAUGGUUUAACCCGGGGUGAUGUGUUUGUCACCAGUAAGCUGGAUCCCAGAGAUCAGGGGGAGAAGGCCCGGGAGGGUGUCCUGCACAGUCUGGACCUGCUCCAGCUGGACUACAUUGACCUUCUGCUCAUUCACUGGCCUGGCACUGAAGGAAUGCCGGUCCAAGACCCUCGAAACAUUGGAAACAGAGCACAGAGUUGGAUCGCUCUGGAGCAGCUGUAUGCUGAAGGGAAGCUGAAGAACAUUGGCGUUUCAAACUACACACCGACACACAUGAGACAGCUGGUGAAGGAUUGCAAAGUUCGGCCUGCAGUGCUGCAGGUUGAGUUCCACCCUCGACUCUGCCAGAAGGAGCUCAGGAGUGUGUGUGCAGAGCUGGGUGUGUGUUUUCAGGCCUAUUCCUCUCUGGGUAAAGGGGAGUUUAUCUCUGACCCUGUGGUCGCAGAGAUUGCGACCAAAUAUGGACGAACAUCUGCUCAGGUCCUGCUGCGAUGGGCUGUUCAGCAGGGAGUCCCAGUCCUCCCCAAGUCCUCGAACCCAGACAGAAUCAAGGAAAACGCUGCCAUCUUUGACUUCACUCUGGAUGACACUGACAUGGAUCGGCUUUCAGCUUUAGACUGUGGACAGAGGACAGACCCCUGGGACCCCUCCGGGGUGGUCUGAAAAUGCCUGCUUACAAAUAUGACAAUUCAGCUUCAGCCUGCCUUUUUAUUUUCACUUUAAUGCAGUCAAUUAGCAAUGAGCACAUUCUAAUUUAAUUGAAUUAAUAAGCCGAGUUCAAACAUUAAGUUUUGACUGAAAUCAGUUUUAUCAUGAUUAUAUCCUCCAACAAAUCUCACUUUGAAAUAAGUUGCUUUUAUUGUAAACUGAAUUAAUUUGUUACCAACCUCUUUUUCUAAAUGGUUUAUGUAAGUUUUUUUUUGUUUACAGUCUAAUAAACAAAGUAAACAGGAAGACGGAUGCAACAUCAGUUUGCUGUUGCUAA